CAGUUGUUGACUUGGGCACAGAUAAUUUGACGUGUCUAAAACGUCGCCGCCGAUUUGUUCAUGAACAUUGAUCCCGUCCCCUGAUUGGCCAGACGCCCUAGCAACACAGGCGCCAUCUUGGAUGAGACAUGGAGGAGCGGAGAAGUCACUACGGUCUACUUUAUGGAUGCAGAAGUAAUGGAUGCUGUUUAUGAGGGGACGGAAGUCAAGAUAAUAACGGAGGAGGAGGAAGGAUGCUACGCUUUUAUGGAGGUCUCAUCACCCAAAAAGAAGAAGAAAUGCAAAAGCCACGGAGAAAGUUUGGAAAGAGCAAAAAAGCCAAGAUCUGCAUACCUGUUGUACUACUUCGAUAUUCACCAGAGCAUGCAACAAGAAUACCCUCAUCUUCCUCAGUCGGAAAUCAACAAGAGAAUUAGCGAGAACUGGAAAAGACUGACUGUGGCAGAUAAGGGAUAUUAUUUGGAGAGGGCCAAGCUUGAGAAGCAGGGGAUAGAUCCAGAUAGUCAAGUGGCAGGGCCUUCAGCUGAUGUGCCAGGAUUCAGAAAAAUCCUCCCCCGUUCCAAUUAUGUCCUCAUCCCAAAAAGCACAGUGCCAGAUGGAUCCCCGCAGGUGGAUCUGUGCUUGAGGCAGGGGGGGUCUGACAGUGAGGCCACCCCUCAGACCCUCUCUCAUGACACCCUGUUCUCUCCUAUGGGCCUGGGCAGUGAGGUGGAGCUGCCAGAGCACUGCAUCGCCAUAGAGGGUUUGACGGACGAGACGGCUGCUGCUCUCAGCCAGUCGGGAGCACUGCAGGAGAUCCUGUCUCAGUUCUCUAGCACCACUCAAGGCAAAGAGCCAGCUGCUUUUGUACUGGAAGAGGAACCAGCUGUGGAGCUGGUUGAUGGCCAGGCCUAUGGAGCAGUUAGUGUUGUGAUUGAGGAGACUCUUGUGGACGGAUCAGGCACAGUAGCUGCCUCCACCACCACUGGACAACAGACUCGGGAUGAGGGACAUCUUGUGACCAUCAUCCCAAACCAGGAAGCAGCAGACAGCAAUGUCUCAUCAGGAUCCAGUUCUUUAAUUUUGGUGCCCAUUAAUACCAAGCCUGACGCAAGUGCCAACCCUUCCUUUAAACUGUCAAUAAAGUACACCCGAAGGGGGCGAGGAAGCUGCCGGACUCCGGGCUGUUUGUUUUCCUACGUCACACGACACAAGCCCCCCCAGUGUCCUCAGUGUGGGAAGCACCUAGGUGGAAAAUGGUUACCCAGCGCAGGUUCAGAAACAUCAGGGAAGAAAGCACUCGCCAAAGCAGCAACAACAGGCAACAAAGUGACCUCUAAGAAGCAGAAGGAAACUUCUGGUGAGACAAGCCGCCCGUCCCUUGAGACCUUUGAGGCUGUGACACAGCUGAUUGUCGCAGCAUCGUCCUAUGAAAUGAACAGCGAGCCUCAGUGGAAGGAAGUGGCUGUAGAAGAGACUGCUGAAGUAGUGAGCGCUCUUCAGAGUGGUAAAGAGGAAACUGCAGGGCAGAUUAUGAAAGAACCUGAGAACAGUGGGACCAAGGAGGCGGUGAAAAGGGGGAAUGCAAUUACAAGGAAGUCAACAGCAGGGGGCACAAAUUGCAAGACUCCAACCUUGUUGAUUCAUUCAAGUACUGCUGCAAAACGCCUCCCUCCUGUGACAAGUGCCCCCAAUCCGAGGAGUAAAGGGAGAGAAAAACCUGCAGUGGUCGCACCCAAGCGUCCUGUCCGAGCCAUCCUUCCUGCUCCUACUCAGUCACGUCUUGAGCUUGGGGCUGCUUAUGUUCAAUGGGUAGCCGUGCCGCCAAAUAAACUAGAAGACUUUGAAAUGCCUAAAAACAACAGCAAACCAGCAGCAAAGCGGUCCUGUGUGAAGGUGUCAGGACUCAAGCCCAAUACAUUGAAGCAUCUGGGACAUCCUGUCAAACAGGUGGUCGAGGAACAAGCAGUGCCAAGCCUAACAAAUACGAAUCAGAAUGCCUUGUCUGAAAAAGGAGUGAAGAUUUUGUCCAUUUUAUCCUAUAAACACAAUCCCAGCACUUCUCUUGAUCUUGGAUUGUCAACAGCACGGGGCAGAGGGAAGUGCAAAAACCCCUCCUGUGACUAUGUUUACAAAAACAGACACAAACCGCUUGUGUGUCCCAGCUGUGGCUGGGAUCUUACCAAGGACAAGCAGGGCAAGAAACCAAAACUCUUUGAGAACAUGUCGAUUCCUGCCCCUGCCCUACUGGACCCCUACCAGCCCCUGAGUGCAGCCCAGCAGGAGGUCCAGCGGCAGUCCACCCUUCAGCUCCUGCGGAAGACAGUGCUGAUCCCUGAGAGUGAGGGGGAGCUGGCUGAGGCCAUGGCUCUGAUCCAGGAGCUCAAUGGAACGCAAGUGGUUCUAUCCAUGGGCAAUGAGGAGACCAUUGCCAUUGAGCAGACAGGCUGGCCCCGCUACUAUGAGUCUGCUGCCACUCAGUGUGUACUCUGUGACUUUCCCCUCUUUAAAGGGGGGCAAAGCUCAAUAGCCGGACAAGAGGACUGCUGGCUGCUGACUGACUCCCAUAUACAAACUGCUACUGUUCAGCUAAAGAUCUGUUUGAACCCUCAGUGUCUAGCACUUCACAGCUUUAAUGACAUGCAUAUGGGUCUCUUUAAUGUUGGUAACAAAUUGUUGGUGAGCCUCGACCUUUUUUUCAAGAUUAGAAAUCAGAUCAAGCUUGGGCACAACCCUAAAGAUGCAGCUUUACACAUACUGGACACGGUUCAAAGCCAGCCUGUAAAUACACUGAAUCCCAGUGAACUAUCGCAGAUUCAGGAGCUGCUAUGUAAUGGAUAUUGGGCCUUCGAGUGUUUCACUGUCAGAGACUACAAUGACAUGAUUUGUGGGGUGUGCGGCAUCGCACCCAAGCUUGAGAUCGCACAGAGGAACACAGAAAAUGUACUCCAUCUGAAAAACGUACAGUUCACUUGGCCAGAUUUCCUGGCCCCAGAUGAGGUGAACGUUGAUGAUUUCUGGUCGACAAUGGAAGGGGAGGCGAUCGAGCAAGCAGCUUUCCCUUCCAGUAUGCCUGUUAUUAAAUUUGAUGCCUCCAUCAUUGCUCCCUUCUUUCCCCCACUAAUGAGGAACUCUGUCGUUGUCAACACAGAGAAGGACAAGUAUUCCUGUGAACAGACAGUGAAGGGAGAUAUUGGUGACCUGGUGAGAUUAAUACAUGCAGGGACUUUCAAACCAGAUCAGAUCAACUCAUACAGUGAAAAGGAGCUGAGAGACAUCCUAAACUGCUGUGAUAUCCCCCACAGGCCAGAAGACACACAGGAACAAAUGAGAGUCUCUCUUUUGGGUCUAUAUGCUUAUAUCCAGAAUGGGACAGCUAAGCAGCAUCCUUCUGACGUCACAGGAGGGAAGCUGUACAAGGUGUGCCCACACCAGGUUGUGUGUGGCUCAAAGUACAUAGUAAGAGGGGAGUCCGCCCGCGACCAUGUUGAUCUGCUGGUGUCCUCGCGGUACUGGCCCCCAGUCUAUGCAGUGGAUAUGGCCAAACAGGUGGCGGUCAGCACUGAUAUCUGGUACCCAGAACUGGCAGCACAGAUGUGGGGAAAGAACCAGGGCUGCUUCUCGGAUCCUAUGGAAUUACCAGAGUAUGUAUCGUGCAUCGAGUUACAGGACCAGCAGUAUAACAUGGACCUAACUGUGCCCGAAAACUCCAUAGUGCACCCGAUCACCAAAUCCCCGUCUCGCUGGAUUGUGUGCUCCGAGGUGGAUCAGGAAGAUUCUGGGGACCCCCUGUCCCAGCACCACUCUCUGUCCCUCUGUCGAGAACUGGAGCCCUAUAGCUCCAUCAUCUCAACCAUACAGGACAGCAAGACCAGCAAUGUGCGGCAACAGCCCUUCUCCUUCGACAACGCAGCCUACUACUACCUCUACAACCGCCUCAUUGACUUCCUUACCAGCAAGGACAUUGUCAACAAUCAGAUUGCAGAUAUCCUGCAGACCUGCCAGCCAGGAGAGGUCGUGAUCCGGGACUCUCUGUACCGCCUCGGAGUGGCUCAGAUAAACACAGAGGUAGAACCAGAAGAGGUGGAGGUGGAGCAACAGUAGGUUUGUUCAAUCCUGUCCUCAUUGUGGCCACCACAUUAUACUUAUUCAGCGUGCAGAACUCUGGUAGAACUGUAUGAGGCAGCUGGUAGGGUACAGUAUGAUGUAUCUUACAAUGCCUUUACUGCCUUUUACAGAAACUGCAGUUUGCUGCAGCAGAUUCUAAGCAGGGACAUUAUUAGUCUGAAAACCAAAUGUCUGCAGAUAUUGUUAGCUGGAUUCCACUUAGUCACAAAACAAGCUCAGAGAUUUGGUAGGUCAUUGUGCUAUUAGUUAGGUGGUCUUAAUCUUUUGGCAUGUUUUUACACUCCACAGGGUUGCGUAUACAGCGUGAUAGUUUUCUUUUGAUCUUGAACUUUUUAUUUCACAUCUCUUCCAUAAAUCAACUUGCCCAUGUAACACAAUAUCUGCUUCCUCAGACAGGCCUAUCCAGGCUUGUUUUCUGCAAAGCAUAAAUAAUAGUAGCACUGCAUGUCUAUCUGAAAGAACAGGUCUAAAAUAAUAAAGCACCUUUUAUAAA